UUCUAAACCCAGGUGUGAAAAAAGCUAUUUAUCAAAACCGCACAAACACUUCAUAUGAAGAUCACACAGCACUCAUCCAUUUGUACAUUUACGUAUUGAACAGAGCAAGAGGAAGAACUCGAGAUUUGUCCAACAUACUGACUUGCCUUUUAAUAGACUAUUUAAAGAAGUCUACUGCUUAUUCUUUGAAGAUGAGAAUUUCAUUGACAAAGGGUUUAGCAAUCUUAAUGUUAUGGCUGGCGAUGAUGAUAGCAAGCGGUAGUAGAUUGAGCAAAAGAUGUCAGAGACGCAAGAAAGGCAUAUGUCGAACGUCCGCCAUUUUAACAAAAAGUUUUGGCAGCUUUCACUCCCCUGGUUAUCCAAAAAACUACAGUGAUAACUCACAAAGCAUGUGGUAUAUCCGUGUAUCGAAGGGAUAUCGUAUCAAAUUACGACUACGAAGGGACUUUCAAAUAGAAGAUUCCACUUUGUGUCAUAAAGAUGCGCUCAUUAUUUCUUUUGACCAAACACAGAAGAACAAAAAAUUACUCUGCGGAAUGAAGCGACAGAGGGGAGUGACAUCAUCAACCAAUGAAUUGUGGGUAAUGUUUCGCAGCAAUGACGCCAUCACAGCCAAAGGAUUUUAUGCUACAUAUCGGGCAAUAGAUGUGAAUGAAUGCAAGAGAGAAGUUUGCAAAUUUCCUAGUUUGUGCAGGAAUACGGUUGGAAGUUACAUGUGUGACUGUCCUAAUGGUUAUAAGCUUAGAGGAAGAAAGAACUCUGGACGAUGUGUAGAUAUAAACGAGUGUUCAGAUAGUCAGAUGAAAUGCGAGUUUAAAUGCGUCAACACCGCAGGAAGUUAUUACUGCACGUGUCCUAGGGGUUAUAAAUUAGCUCAAAAUGAGAAAAGUUGUCGAGAUGUAAACGAGUGCUUGAAAUACAAUGGUGGAUGUAGUCAUCAAUGUCGAAACUUCAGAGGAUCGUACAACUGUAUUUGUCCUCCUGGCUACAAAUUGGAUAAAACAAGAAAGAUAUGUCAUAAAGAAAUAUUCUACGAUAAUUAUCAGCAAAUCUAUUAUAUUAAAGAAAAUGCUAACAUCGGGACAUUGGUAACUAAAAUAAAAACAAAGUUGAAAAAAAGACGAAGUCGGAAGAUUCUGUUUUCGAUUAUAACGGAGAAUCUAAUGAUGAAAUCAACGACGUUCAAAAUGAACCGGACAACUGGCGAAUUAAGAGUUAACGAUACCCUAGAUCGUGAAAAAACGGCUGAAUAUCUUCUUGAAAUCGAGGUGAAGCAUUUGAAUGAAAGACGAAAAUGGACAAAAGCAAAGAGUUAUAUUGUUGUACGACUACUGGAUGUCAAUGACAAUGUACCAAGAUUUGGUUAUCCUGCCUAUACGUUAACUGUUCCUUGUAAUGUCAAACCCGGCAGUAUCAUAUACCGUAUGGAUACAUAUGAUGCAGACCAAGGCAAAAAUGCUCGUGUGAUCUAUAAACUUGAGCCGAAAAACUUAUAUUUUACUGUGCAAAAACACAGUGGUAAAGUGAAAGUCUUAAAAGGACUUAGAGCAUUUUGUAACGGAUCUCUCAGUUUGCCCAUGAAAAUUUUCAACUAUAAGAUUGUUGCAAAAGAUCGUGGAGCACCUACAUUGAGUUCAAGUGUUAACGUGCGUUUCAUCAUCGCGGGCGUCGAUCUGACGUCACAGUCAAUGUUUGUGUGGUAUACUGAGAACCAUGACGUUAAGUUAAUACAGAAAUCAUCACGAAAGUCACGUGAUCCUGACGAUAAGUAGGUUAUGAAAGAAUACGAUUGAUGUGACUAUUGUAUCCUGUCUCCUGAGUGUAUGAAGAACUUGUAUAUAUAAAACAAUGUAUAAAGUUAUAACAAGAUACUGGCAUAUUUUGUUCAUUUGAAGAUACACACGUAUUUUCAAAAUUGUGGUUAUGUGAAAUAAAAAAUCUUACGUCUUAUGAAUUUGCUAAGUAAUUUUAAAGUAAUGUCAUUAAAAGAGCUUUUUACAACACAA